AGGAUGAAUCUUGACCCUGUUCAGGUGAUGACGGGGCAGUCUAACCCAAAGGACCCGACGGCUGCCCCUGUAACUGCCUCGUCAAAUGGAGAUGGCAAAGGAGCCUGGGAAGAGAAAGAGGAGUUUGACCACCUGGGUCUCACCACAAAACCCCUACUGCCCAAGCCUGAGAAUGCCGUGACCAUUGCGGUGUCAUCCCGGGUCCUGUUCCGUACUGAGACGGAGCAGAAGGUGUAUGAGCAGAAGGGGGUAGAGGAGUACCUAAGGUAUCAGGUGGAGCACGAGAGCGAACCCUUCGCCCCAGGACCAGCCUUCUCCUUCGUCAAGGCGUUGGAGGCAGUGAAUGCCCGUCUGAGAGAACUGUACCCAGAGAGUGAAGAACUGUUUGACAUCGUCCUGGUAACCUAUAACCACGCCCAUGUAGGAGUCAGACUCAUCAAUACCAUCAACCAUCACA